AACAAAAUUUAAAUAUUAUCAUUGGGGUAAACAUGUUAACGUCUAUUCUGUUUUAGAUAAAGUUCAUUAGCACUUUUGUUAGACGUAUCAAAAGAUGUAGGACUACAACUACCUUUAGCAUGCUCAUUGGCAUAAAACAGUCAGAGGUGGAUUUAUGGAGCAGUAAGAGAUAAAUAAGAAGAACUUACAAGGACUUAACAAACAUUUUGAUUUCGGCCAUUUCCCUCGACUGCUUCUCAGGUGUCAGCUAUGAAAUUAUUAGAAUAGACACUAUCGGCCAGAUAUUCGGAAUGCAAUAAUCUACUUUCCAGUAUUGAUUCGUGCCAUAUGAAGUCCUGUCGUCGUCAAGAGACAUGACGCACAAACAGGACAAAAUCGUCAAUAUGCAAGUGGUAUGGAGAUUAUGGAGGAUAUAUCGUUGGGAAGUUGUACCGAUUUUUGAAGUUGUCAACCGACCGAACUGAAGAAUGACCACUCCGUGGUGUCGGGGUAACUUGUCGCCCCGGUAAACAUGCAACGUUUGAGAACAACUUUCAAACGGGCCAGGACCCCAACAGCAUACGAAAUGAAGACCCAAAGCAGCUUAGAAGUACCCAAGCAGGUCAGAUCGGCCUCGUUCGAUGAAAUCCAAUUGGAGGCGAAGCGAAUGCAGUCCGACAAGGGAGCAGACUCGAAUACCCUCCUUAGCAUUCCUCAAUUUCCCGGCCAGCGAUCGCGUAGCGUUGAUUCCGGUGGGAGCGAGGAGUCGGGGAACUUCCUGGAAGUGCCUUCCAGGAAGUUCCACAGAAGAAGGUCGUCCGGGAGCAAGAGUCCAAUAUGUGUGCACUGUAUUUGCCUGGAGGAGUACAAUAGAAUGCAUAGUAGUGAUAGUAGUCAAGAUGAAAAAGAUAAAGAUGAUAUGCCGCAACCGUCGUUUAGUAUGAGCGAGUCGUCCAGUGAAUGCGAAGAAGAGAUCUUAUCCAACUGCGGUAUCCGAGUUACCUUAUCGCCAGAAAUACCGCCAGAGCCUAUACAAUCACCACCGCCUGUGCCAAUGACGCCUACGCAGUCCAGGAGGAAAUCCAUACACCGCCAAGAAGCUUUCUUCGGGGAGCCUUCCGGAGACUCCUUGGAAAGCAUUUCCGACGCUAAUUCGGAGGCCUUUUCCUCUGAUGGAGCCGUUUCUGCUCCAGCAGGUCUUGUAGUCAAAGAUAUUUACCUGCAGGUUCCCGAUUUAAAGCGAGAUCGAGCGGCUUCCGUGGAUUCGUGCUUCUCCAAGGUUUCGCAAGUAAAGACUGAGGAACUGGAACACUCUGGUGUAAGUUUGGAAGUACCUGUAGGGCCGAAUGUUGCGCUUCGUUCUAGGUCCGUUGAUAUUGUGCUACCAACUGACAAGCAAGCGAGGUAUAAGGCUCUAGCGAUGGCAGCACCUUGUAACUCGGAGUAUAGGAAGUCAUCAGAGGUCGGGGAGCGGGUUUUGAGGAGCACUCCCGAUUGGGAAGAGACUGCCAUCAAUGGGGACCAUUUGUGGGUACCGACGUCAGUGUCGGGUGAUUUUUGUUAUGUGGGAGACUCAGACUGUACGAAACACGGCCCUCGAAUGAAGUGCUCGGCCUGCAAUAUAAUUGCUCAUCAAAGCUGUAUUAAGGUGUUAGUGGAGAAGGUUAAGUUUUUUUGUAAACCGACUUUUAAGGACGUCGGCGUGCGGCAGUACAGGGAGCAGACAACCAUUCAGCAUCACUGGGUCCAUCGCAGGUCCGAGAAAGGGAAGUGCAGGAGAUGCAGCAAGUCCUUCCAGUCAAAGCUAUCGUUCAGUUCCAAAGAAAUCGUGGCAAUCAGUUGUUCCUGGUGCAAAGCCGCCUACCACAAUAAGGAGUCCUGUUUCAAUAUCAAGCGAAUAGGGGAAGAAUGUACGUUAGGGGUCCAUUGUAAUAGUAUAGUACCACCAUCGUGGAUAGUAAAGUUGCCUAAAAAAGGAAAUUUCAAGUCUAGUUUACGAAAAUCGCCGAAGAAACGAACUAGCGUGAAGAAAAAUAAACAUAAGGACAAAGAACAUCGAAUUUUCGCAAUAAAGCCAAUCCCCUCAACGAACGUUUCUCCAGUGAUAGUGUUCAUCAAUCCAAAAUCCGGAGGCAAUCAGGGUCUCAAGCUGCUCCAGAAGUUCCAGUGGCUGCUUAAUCCCAGACAGGUCUUCGAUCUGACGCAAGGAGGUCCGCGAAUGGGUUUGGAGCUGUUCAAGAAAGUGCCUAAUUUAAGAGUACUGGCCUGUGGUGGGGACGGUACCGUAGGGUGGGUGUUGAGUGUGAUAGAUCAGAUCGGAAUAUCUCCUGCUCCUGCUGUCGGAGUCUUGCCGUUGGGUACGGGGAACGACUUGGCGAGAGCUCUUGGAUGGGGAGGGGGCUACACCGAUGAACCAAUCUCGAAGAUAUUAUCGAAUAUAAGCCAAAGUGAUAUUGUGAACUUGGAUAGGUGGUCGCUGGACGUGGAGAAAAACAAAGACGCUCCUCCGCCGGCAUCGAACGAACCCGUCGGCAAGGAAAGUCUCCCCCUCAAUGUCGUCAACAACUACUACUCGCUGGGGGUCGAUGCCCAUAUCGCAUUGGAGUUCCACGAAGCCAGAGAGGCACACCCGGAAAAGUUCAAUUCUAGGUUAAGGAACAAAAUGUUCUAUGGUCAAAUGGGAGGAAAGGAUCUCUUGAAAAGGAAAUGGAAGGAUCUAGCUGACUUCGUGAUCUUAGAGUGUGAUGGGCAGAACAUUACGCAAAAACUGAAGGAAUUGAGGGUCCAUGCAAUAGUUUUUCUUAAUAUUUCUAGUUACGGUGGUGGUACGCAUCCAUGGAAUAGGUCAAUGGGUACUCACGAACCAAAUACGGAUGAUGGAUUGAUAGAGGUUGUUGGUUUAACAACUUAUCAAUUGCCGCUUCUCCAAGCCGGCGGUCAUGGAACGUGCAUCACCCAGUGCCGAUCAGCGAAGAUCACGACCUCCAAGACGAUUCCCAUGCAAGUGGAUGGAGAGGCAUGUAAACUAGGACCAUCUAUCAUUACUCUGAGUCACUUGAACAAAGCUCCUAUGCUAGCGAAAAGAAAAUUCGGUAAACCGGUACCGAUCCAAACUGCUUUGGACAAUCUGAAUGUUGGUGUCAACAAGCUGACCAUGUCAGACUAUGAACAACAUCAUUAUGAUAAAGAUCUUCUAGCUCAAGCAGCAAUAAAUAUAGGUAAAAUAGAAGUUAGUCCGGGGUCUGAUCUGGAACAAGUCAGGGCGAUGAUCAAUACUAUGUUAGAAGAGAAUAAAGACAAGCAGAUGAUGUGCUCUGACUGGUGCUUUAUCGAUUCCUGUACAGCUGAACGAUUUUUCCGAAUCGACAAAGCACAGGAAAGUCUUCAUUACGUCGUCGAUAUUUGUAGUGAGAAUCUGUAUAUACUCGAAUGUGGUGACGAAACGGUCCCUCCCACUCCUGAAGAUGAGACUGCCAAUCCAUCGCCGACGUCGAACCAUCAGACUUCAUAUAACAUUCCAGAAAUGCGUAUAAGUAAAGAGGAUGAUCUCGAUUCUCCGAGUGACCAUCCCCCGCUCUCCCCCCGAAACGUGGACUCCCAGGAGGAGUUCACCACCAGCCCCGACGAAGGCAUCCCCAUAGACAAUCAGCAAUUGGCCCGUGUCUCCUCAGACGCCAGUAUGAAAAUUAGAAGCAUCACUGAGAGAUUGUUUGGUUUGAAUCAAGAUUCGUACAAUGCUUAUAGUUACUUGGAUGAGAAACCGAACGAAAGUCUGCUAAUAGCUGCCAAAAAGGGUGAUAUCAGAAUGGUGAAGCAACUCCACAAUCAGGGCUACUCGCUUCUUACAAAGGACUCAACGGGCCAAACAAUGCUUCACCACGCUGCUCGUUACGGUCACCCAGAGUUAGUCAAAUAUCUGAUCAGAUUUGCACCGUCGAUGGUCAAUGAAAAGGAUUCCAAGUUAUCGCAAACUGCGCUUCAUAAAGCUGUGCUCUACAAAUGGCACAGCAUCUGUUGCAUACUAAUAGCCGGUGGAGCAGCAUUGGAUAUCAAAGAUCACCGUGGGCUGACUCCACGCCUUUUGGCUCUACAUAACAACGAUCAGGAAUUAGCAGCAUAUUUGGAAAGCCAAGAGAAAUUUCAGCUAGUUUCUUCUAACGUGGGAACUGAGGUGUAGGAGACAAGCAACAAGGUGUAACAUUUCUUAUGGCCCUUAAGGCAACAAAGCAAUUUACUUUUUCCUAAAAUGCCUUAUACUCUGUAUGUUAAAUUAAUACUAGGUGCAGGAAAAAACUAAAUAUUUUUACUAAAGGAUAAAUGAAUAUUAUGUUUGUAACAAAAUUUUACAAUAGUUUAAAAACUUUGCAUAGUUCAAAGUUCAAAUCAAACCCUUCUUUCAGUGCGUCAUAGUUUAUCGAAGUCUCUCUAAUGCAAAGUUGGAAUGGAAGUGGCAGAAAAAAACGUACGUCCGUCAUUAUUAUGCAUAUAACUUAGAAAAUUAUGUAUUCGGUGACGGGUAGUUGCAUAUUUAAGCGACUUCUACUUAUAGACGGAG